GUGCUGGCGCACUGUGUCGGCGGCCAAUCAUUGCGGACAAAAUGGCGGACGAAGAUGUGUCGAGAUGCUGUCUCAAGAAUAUUGUACGAUAAGUGCACUGAAUGAGCUGAAGUGAAAUCUUCUUGGAAAAUGCUGCAAUUAUCGCGCCGUGGUAUGUUCUUGCGGCGUUCAACGGUCUUGUCCUCACGAGCUAUUCCCGUCUUGUCUUCGCUUGCAAGAGGUAGAUAUUGCACCGGCUUGGUGCGGCGUGCGUUUUCGUCCUCAAGCGACAAACACAAAGAAUUAGUACACAGAAAUAAUGCCGAAGCUGUCGAGGGGGUCUCAUUUUCUGGUUUAGAAGUAAAGGCGAAUGAAAAUGGGUCUAACUCUGCGAAAGUAGACCAUCGUAAUGAUGACCACGCAAGUGUGUCAAUUCCUGUUGGGAUUCAAGUGUGUCCUGAGAUCUUUGAUCGCCUACCGGCUAAAUGCCCAGGCUGUGGCUCAAUAUUCCAAAGUGAUGAUAUAGAGAGUCCAGGUUAUAUAAGAGCUGAGAAACACCCAGAGAAACAGAGGUCGUAUUACGCAAAUGAAAACCAAGUUAUAUGCCAAAGAUGCUUUGAUCUUCGUUACUAUAACAAGGCUAUUCCGACACUCGUAAACACUGCUCAGGUCACUAAGUUCCUUUCUCAUAUAUCAAGACGCAAGGCCCUUAUUCUGUAUGUUGUAGAUAUCCUGGACUUACCUGGGAGUACCUUUCCUCACUUAUUAGAUAUUGUUGGACCUGCCAAAAGGAUUGUCAUAGUUGCCAAUAAGGUCGACAUGUUGCCUCAAGACGGACGGCCAUGGCUGCAAGAGAAGAGACUCAGAGAAGAAGUGUUGAGAUUGUGUAGAGAGCAUGGGCUUGAAAGUGGAAAUGUCAAAGAUGUUUGUCUUGUCAGUGCUAAAGAAGGGUUUGGGGUUCCACAACUUGUACAAAAAAUUCUUGCGCACUGGGAUCAUGAUGGGGAUAUUUACAUGUUGGGCUGCAGCAACUCAGGGAAGACUACUUUGUUUAAUACCUUUAUGGACCUCCUCAAUGUACAUAAAAGGCGAGGGAAUAUGCUUCAACGUUCAACCGUUUCAAAAUGGCCUGGAACCACCAUGAGUUUGAUGCGUUUCCCACUUGGUCACUGGAUGUUACACAAGCUGUUAUACAGAUUAAGGCAUCAAAAGGAUAAGGAGUUUGGUGAAGAUGAGGUUGCCAUGGAUUCCGAGAUUAUUGAUAUAAAGGAAACCUCAUACAAGCAACAUGUAGAAGGCCAUGACACAACAGAAGGUGCUAUAGCUUCAGUGUCUCAAUCAUCAGAACUGGAUGCUUUCAAGCCAGAGCUUGUGGAUAGGAAGGCUAAGCAGAGGCAGUUAUGGUUUUAUGAUACUCCAGGGAUUAUCAGCGAAAAUCAGAUAACCAGUUACUUGACUUUGAAAGAAAUAAAACUGCUCUCUCCAAAUCGCUGGAUGGUACCCAGAACAUUAAUACUGAGGCCAGGGCAAACCCUUCUCCUAGGUGGCCUUGGCAGGCUGGACUUUCUCAAGGUCAGUAGGAAAUCCAGGUCAGAAAAUGGUUAUGGUCUUGCUGAUGAAUCUGGGUGUGGUGAUAGCUUGACGAAGGCCAAUAAAUCCAUCUACUUCACCGUCUUUGCCUCUCCAAACCUCCCAGUCCAUGUUCUGAACACAUUAAAAGCUGACAACUUUCUGCAGCAGCACGGUGGCUCUAACAUCCUCAAGGUCCCAUGUGGAGAUGAAAAGCGCAUGGCCUUGUUUCCACCACUUUUGCCUCACGAACUGAGCCUGGUUGGAGCAGGCUGGGGGGAGAGUGCUGCUGACGUUGUCCUGUCUAAUGCUGGAUGGGUAGCAGUCACUGCAGGCAUGGGUGCUGAUGUGUCCCUGAAGGCCUACACACCCAAUGGGAGAGGGGUCGGUGUGAGAAUCCCAGCACUUUUGCCCACAAGUGUCACUCAGAGAGGUAAAAGAGGAGUGCGCCAUCUAGGUCACUUAAACCCCAAUGCGUACGAGGCCCAACGCAAUAUGAGCCCCCAGCUAAUAAAGGCCCUGGGACAUGAUCAGUGCGGGGUAUACUCCUGGUUACAAGAGGCAGAGCAAGUCAGAAAACACCAACUGGCCCUGCUGAAAGAACGCAAAAAAGAGCUGAUUUUACGGAAGAGUUUAGAGUAUACGCCGAUUGCACGUUUGCCGCAAAGCAAAGGUGGGAUUGGCCUACAAGUUUCUAGAGAGUCAAAAGCUGCAAUUACAGAAAAGCAACCUAGCAACGAGAUUCCACAUAGAACCCUGAGUGACAGAGGCUAGUUGCUUCAAGUGGCCUCCUCGGAUAUCAUCGUGCUCCAGGGUCCACCUCUUUAACACCCCAGGGGAAAGAGGGGGAGGGGAUGGACCCUAGGGUAUCUGUGCUUUGUGUUAUACCUAUGCUCGGGGACCAAGUAAGGGCGGAUCCUAUAGCUCUAUGUCACACAAAACUAAACUCUCUGUGUCACACAAAACUAAACUCUCUAUGUCACACAAAGCCCAAUUCUUUAUGUCACACAAAGCCAACUCUCUAUGUCACACAAACCCAACUCUCUAUGUCACACAAAACCCAACUCACUAUGUCACACAAAGCCCAACUCUCUAUGUCACACAAACCCAGUUCUUUAUGUCAAAAACCCAACUCUCUAUGUCACACAAAACCCAACUCACUAUGUCACACAAAGCCCAACUCACUAUGUCACACAAACACAACUCACUAUGUCACACAAAGCCCAACUCUCUAUGUUACACAAAACCCAACUCACUAUGUCACACAAAGCCCAACUCUCUAUGUCACACAAAGCCCAACUCUCUAUGUCACACAAAGCCCAACUCUCUAUGUCACACAAAGCCCAACUCUCUUUGUUACACAAAGCCCAACUCUCUUUGUCAGGGCCCGCGGAGCGGGCGUGAUCUUGGUAUUGCCAACUCUUUGGCCAUAACUGACCGCGGAGCCGCGGCGGCCGGAGGCCGUCGCCGCGAAGGGCCUACGGCCCGAGCCCCAGUAGGGGGGUUCGGGGGGGUUCUCCCCCCGAGAAAAUUUCGAAAAAUGGCACUGAUUUCCGCUUAACUCGAGCACUUUCUGAGGGUUCUAGCGACAUCUGAAAUGAUGCUUAUUUGAC